GGCUGCCCGGCGGAGGUGGUGGUUGUAGCUGCCGGAGUAACGGAGAGGAGAGACGGAGCUCCAUGUAUUACCAUGCCGAGAUUUGGACUUUAUGAACUACAUGCAAAACCUCCAAACCUAUGAGCCCGGCGUCAGUAGAGGUGGUUCUGUGAAGAUCACGGUACGAUAAUGGGGAAUCACUUGGUUUCACUGCUUGUGCUGCUCCUGCAGCUGCUUUGUGGUUGCGCAGGGAAGCAAAGGAUGGUGAGGGCUGCCUCCAUGCAGUUCACCCACUCAGUUUACAACGCCACCAUAUACGAGAACUCUGCUGCUAAGUCUUAUUUAGAGAGUCAUGCCAAGAUGGGGAUCUAUAUCACAGACCCAGCCUGGGAGGUACGGUACAAAAUCAUCUCUGGAGACAAUGAGAACUUAUUCAAGGCUGAGGACUACCUGUUGGGUGAUUUCAGUUUUUUGCGAAUAAGGACCAAAGGAGGCAGCACUGCCAUUCUGAACCGGGAGGUUAAAGACCACUACAUGCUGACUGUCAAAGCUUCAGAGAGGAACACCAAUUUAGAGUGUCGCACUAGAGUAAAGGUGCAGGUACUGGACACCAAUGAUCUGAGGCCUCUCUUCUCACCAACGUCCUACAGCAUCUCUCUGCCGGAGAACACGGCCAUGCGCACGAGUGUGGCCAAGGUCACGGCGACUGACGCAGACAUCGGUACGAAUGGAGAGUACUACUAUAGUUUCCGAGAGUGGACGGACAUGUUUGCAGUUCAUCCAACAAGCGGCGUGGUGACACUGACCGGCAAACUAGACUUCUCUGAGACGAAGCAGUACGAGUUGGAGAUCCUUGCAGUAGACAGAGGGAUGAAGCUGUACGGCAGCAGUGGCUUCAGCAGCAUGGCAAAGCUAACAGUGAGGGUGGAGCAGGCCAAUGAGCAUGCCCCUGUCAUCACUGCAGUAACCCUAGCCCCCUCUGAUACAGACCACGACCCGACCUAUGCUAUUGUCACAGUGGAGGACAAUGACCAGGGACCAAAUGGGGAGAUAGCAUCUUUGAGUAUUGUUGCUGGUGACCCUCUUCAGCAGUUUAAGGCUGUAAGAAGCAGCCCCGGGAGCAAAGAGUACAAAAUCAAAGCAGUCAAAGACGUUGACUGGGACAGUCAGCCUUUUGGAUAUAACCUUACUUUACAAGCAAAGGACAAAGGCAGCCCCCCUCAAUUCUCUUCUGCUAAAUUAGUGCAUGUCACGUCUGCACAAUUCAAAGUGGGUCCUCCUAUAUUUGAAAUGGCGGUUUACAGAGUCAAUCUGAGUGAAUUUGCCCCUCUUCAUACACCUGUCACUAUGGUAACAGCAGUGCCAAAGUACCCACAGAUAAAAUAUGGUUUUAGACACAAAUCUGACAAGAACAGAUUCACUAUCAAUCCAGAUACAGGCUUAAUCAGCACAGUUGGACCGAUCAAUGCUGAUGUUGCCCCCCGAUUUGAGCUAGAUGUGAUCACAAGUGACACAAAAGCUGCAACAAAAGUCAUAGUUGAUGUGAUUGAUGUGAACAACAAUGCACCUGAGUUCCAGCAGACGUCUUACAAUGCCAUUGUGGAUGAGAAUGUACCCAUAGGGACCAGUGUGGUAACUGUUAAAGCCACUGAUGUAGACAGAGGUGAGAAUGGCUAUGUAACCUACAGCAUUACCAAUCUCAGCCCUCAACCAUUUGUCAUCGACUACUUCUCUGGUGUCAUCAGCACCUCAGAAGUCCUAGAUUAUGAGCUCAUGCCCAGGAUUUACAAUCUCAGAGUCAGGGCAUCAGAUUGGGGAUCCCCUUUCAGGAGAGAGGUGGAGGCAUCAGUCAAAAUAACACUAAAUAACCUGAAUGACAACAAGCCCCUGUUUGAAAAUGUAGACUGUGAAGUGACUGUGCCAAGAGACCACGGUGUCGGAGAGCAGAUUACAACAGUGUCUGCCAUAGAUGCUGAUGAGCUGCAGCUUGUACGGUACAAAAUUAAAGGUGGGAAUGAUCUCGAUCUGUUCGAACUUAACCCAAGCUCUGGCAUGCUUUCACUGAAGCACACGCUGAGCGAGGGAGAGGCAGCUAAAGUGUCCUUUCAUAGUUUACAAAUCAUUGCGACCGACGGAGAACACGAGACUCAGCCAAUGCUCAUGAACAUAACUGUGAUCACGGCACGCAAGCCUGUCCAGUUGAAGUGUGUUGAAACUGGAGUAGCCACCAUGUUGGCUGAAAAACUACUUCAGGGCAGCAAAAUCCACACUCAACCUGAGCCAGAUGACAACUUUAUGGAUGUUCACUCAGUCAACAGGUACUCUCCUCAGUUUGCAGAAUCCUUCCCCAGUGUAAUUGAAGUUAAAGAGGACCUCCCUGUCGGGGCUCGGAUUGUCCAUUUAAGUGCCACAGACUCAGACAGUGGCUUCAACGGGAAACUAGUGUACGUUAUCUCAGGAGGAGACACUGAAAGCCGCUUCAUAGUAGAUAUGGAAACUGGUUGGCUUUUGGUUUAUUCUCCCCUUGACAGGGAAACAACAGAUCAUUAUACCCUCAAUAUUACAGUUUACGAUCUCGGCAUACCACAGAAAUCCUCAUCACGCCUCCUGGAUGUUAAGAUCCUUGACGCCAACGAUAAUAGCCCUCAAUUUUUGCAAGAUUCCUACUCAGUUGAAAUAAGUGAGAACACACCUGUUGGGACAGAAAUAAUCCAGGUGGACUCAACAGACAAGGAUCAAGGAGAUAAUGGAGUUGUCACGUAUUCGAUUUUGGGAGGCACAGAUAAUUUUGCAAUCAAUAAAGACACUGGUGUGGUGACUGUGAUGAAGCCACUGGACCGUGAGCUCAAUCCAGUUUAUGUCUUGAAGAUUACAGCACGAGACCAGGCAGUGAAUGAGCCACAGCUAGUGUCCACUGUGGCUCUUAAAAUCACUUUGGAAGAUGUGAAUGAUAAUCCACCUAAAUUUGUCCCCCCUAAUUACCGCGUGAGGGUGAGGGAAGACCUUCCCAUCGGUACCAUAAUCAUGUGGCUGGAGGCUCACGACCCAGAUAUUGGACCCUCCAGUCAGGUACGCUACAGCCUCAUUGACAACGUAGACGGGAAUUUCGAAGUUGACAAACUCAGUGGUGCUGUGCGGAUUGUCCAAAACCUCGAUUACGAAGCAAAGCAGGUGUACAACCUCACGGCAAAGGCUAAAGACAAAGGGAAGCCCAUAUCCUUGUCAUCAACCUGCUUCAUUGAGGUGGAUGUGGUGGACGUGAAUGAGAAUCUGUACAGGCCUUUGUUCCGGUCAUUUGUGGAGAAGGGAUUUAUAAAAGAGGAUGCUCUUGUUGGGACUUCAGUGAUGACUGUGACAGCUGAGGAUGAAGACGGGGGACGAGAUGGAGAGAUACAAUACUCCAUACGAGAUGGAUCCGGCCUGGGGAUAUUUACCAUCGAUGAGGAAACUGGUGUUAUCCGGACACAAGAACUGCUCGAUCAUGAAACGACAUCUCACUACUGGCUCACGGUCUACGCCAUGGAUCGUGGCGUGGUGCCCCUCUCGUCCUUCGUGGAGGUGUACAUCCAAGUGCAGGAUGUCAACGACAAUGCACCGCAAACAUCGGAACCCGUCUACUACCCCUCUGUUAUGGAGAACUCCCCGAAGGACGUGUCAAUCAUCAAGAUAGACGCGGCCGAUCCAGAUGACAAGGCCAGUGAUAAACUCACCUACAGGAUCACGAGUGGCAACCCCCAGGGUUUCUUUACCAUCAACACCAAGACAGGUCUGGUUUCGACAACUUCAAGGAAACUGGACAGAGAACAACAAGAUGAGCACAUUCUUGAGGUCACCAUCACCGACCACGGCGUUCCCGCUAAAUCCACCACUGUCCGCGUCAUCGUCCGAGUCCUUGACGAGAACGACAACAGGCCGCUGUUCCUGGAGAAGAUCUACAAGAUCCAACUUCCUGAGCGGGAGAGGCCAGAGAGGGAGAGAGCCAUGAAGAGAGACCCGGUGUAUCGGGUCAUCGCGUCGGACCGCGAUGAGGGGCCGAACUCUGAAAUCUCUUACAGCAUCGAGGAAGGAGACGAACACGGGAAGUUCUUUAUUGAGCCCAAGACCGGCCUGGUGUCCUCCAAGAAGUUCUCCUCUGCCGGAGAAUACGACAUUCUUACAAUUAAAGCUGUCGACAAUGGCCGCCCUCAGAAAUCCUCCACUUGUCGCCUGCACAUCGAGUGGAUCCCAAAACCAGAAGUGCCAGCCGAUGCAGCUCCCCUGCUUUUUGAGGAGUCCCCCUUCACUUUCUCUGUAAUGGAAAGCGACCCUGUGGCGCACAUGGUUGGCGUUGUCGCCACAGAAUCCUCUGAUGUUCCCGUGUGGUUUGAAAUCACAGACGGCAUAGAGGAUACUGAGAUGUUUUACAUCCUUCAGAUGGCUUGUGACUACAACUGUACAGCAGAAGGUGGUAAUUAUGACAGCCGCUUUGACGUGGGCAAGGCCAGCGGAACCUUGAUUGUAGCACGAACCCUGGACGCAGAGCAGAAAUCAAAUUACAACCUGACGGUGGAAGCCACAGAUGGGACACGAACUGUCAGCACCCAGGUACUCAUCCGUGUCAUUGACACCAACAAUCACCGGCCUCAGUUUUCACAGGAGUCGUACAUCGUGAACGUCCCUGAAGACAAACCAACGGGGAGCGAGGUCAUGCAGAUCAGCGCGACCGACAGAGAUGAGAAGAAUAAACUAACCUUCACGCUCCUGAGCAGCACCGAUCCAUUCAGCCUGAGGAAGUUUAGACUAGACCCGGGAACAGGCAUUCUGUACACCGCUGAGCGGCUGGACCAUGAGACAAUGCAUCAUCACAUCCUUACUGUCAUGGUUCGAGACCAGGACAUCCCAGUAAAGAGGAACCUUGUGCGUGUGAUUGUCAACGUGGACGACUCCAAUGACAAUGCACCCUGGUUUAUAGGCACACCUUACUCUGGUCGUGUGUUCGAGUCCGCUGCCGUAGGCUCGGCCGUGCUUCAGGUCUCAGCUCUUGACAAAGACAAGGGCCAUAACGCAGAGAUUGUCUACAGCAUCGAAUCAGGAAAUGUUGCAAACUCCUUUGCCAUCGACCCUGUUCUUGGAACAAUCACAGUCGCCAAAGAGCUUGACCGCCGCAGCCAGACCCAGUUUGAACUUACUGUUAAGGCGUCUGAUAAUGGAGUACCUCCACUGUCAACUACAGCCACUGUACCUAUUGUGGUCACAGUUUCUGAUAAUGCAGCACCCAGAUUCACUGAGAAGGAGUUCUCUGCAGAAAUCAGUGAAUUAGCCCAUCCAGGAAGCUUUGUGAGCUUGAUUUCAGCAGUCAGCCAGUCAUCUGUCUUCUAUCAAAUAAAGGGUGGCAACAUCAACAACGCUUUCGACAUAAACCCAAACUCUGGAGUGGUUGUGACCCAGGGAGCUUUAGAUUACGAGACCGCCUCUCAAUACAAGCUCAUCAUUCAGGGCACCAACAUGGCAGGCAUUGCAAGCAACACAACACUUCAGAUUCAUCUGAAGGACGAGAAUGACAAUGCUCCAAUCUUCCUCCAGAGAGAAUUCAAAGGAGUAGUCAGCGAGUCAGCUCCCAUCAACAGUGUUGUUCUCACCCAUGAAAACACUCCUUUUGUCAUCCGCGCCUCUGAUGCCGAUUGUGACCAGAACGCCAUGCUCAUCUAUCAAAUCGUUGAACCAUUUGCUCACAACUAUUUUGCCAUUGACUCAAGCACCGGAGCCAUUAGAAUCACAACAGCUUUGGAUUAUGAACAGAGGAGCGUUUUCCGCUUUACCGUCCAGGUCCAUGAUCUAGGAAUGCCACGCCUGUUUGCGGAAACGGCGGCCAAUGUGACUAUUGAAGUCAUUGAUGUUAAUGACUGUUCACCAGUUUUUAGCCAAGAAGUGUAUGAGACCACUGUCAUAGUGCCAACAUACAAAGGAGUGGAAGUCAUUAAAAUCAACGCUACAGACUCAGACUCUGGGCCGAACUCAAAACUUCUCUUCUCCAUCUCUGAGGGAAAUAUCGGUGAUAAAUUUAAGAUUGAUCCAAUCACAGGCAUAAUCUCUAUUCAGAAUGUCACACAAUUGAGGAGCCGGUAUGAAUUGAAGGUUAGAGUGUCAGAUGGUAGAUUUGCCACUGUGGCAACAGUAAAGAUAAAUGUGAAAGAAAACAAGGAGAGCAAGCUGAAGUUCACCAGGGAGUCCUACAAAGCCUAUGUCCCCGAAAACUCACGUGAGAAGAAAACUCUAGCAGUCAUUGGUGUUGUGGGGAACCAGGUGAACGAGCCUUUGUUCUUUAAAAUUCUGAACCCUGACAGCAGGUUUGAAAUCAGCCGCACAUCUGGAGUUAUCUCAUCCACUGGAAUUCCAUUUGACCGUGAGGCACAGGACACAUUUAAUAUCAUCGUUGAGGUGACCAGAGAGGAUGAAUCUGAAGAUGGCGCUCAUGUUGUAGUAACCGUGACAGUGGAGGAUGUCAAUGACAACAAACCUAUGUUCGUGAACCUUCCCUAUCAUGCCCUUGUUCAGAUGGACGCGGAGGAAGGCCAGGUCAUCAGACAGGUCACAGCAGUGGACAAGGACAUGGGUUCAAAUGCAGAAAUCAGUUAUUACCUUAAAGAGCAUCAGGACCACUUUCAAAUUAGCCCCUCCGGUGAAAUUUCUCUCAAAAACAAAUUUGACAAAGAGUCACUCAACAAAGACUUUGUCGUUGUUGUCACGGCAAAAGAUAAUGGAGAGAAGCCGCUCUCGGCUGAAGUAGACGUGCCAAUAACAGUGGUGAACAAAGCAAUGCCUAUAUUUGAGAAGCCUUUUUACAGCAUUGAAAUCCCUGAAAACAUUCAGUUACAUACACCUGUGCUUCACGUACAGGCCAAUGAUUCAGAGAGUCCUCGUAUCGUGUACUCCAUCUCUGAAGGAGAUCCUUUCAAACAGUUCUCCAUUGAUUUCAACACGGGUGUUAUCCAUGUGAUUCAGCCGUUGGACUUUGAGACACAUCCUGCUUAUAAGUUAAAUGUAAGAGCCACAGACUCUCUGACUGGAGCACAGUCAGAGGUAUUUGUCGAUAUCAUACUGGAAGAUGUAAAUGAUAAUGCCCCUGUGUUCCCGUCAAAGUUCUAUUACGCCAAUAUUUCUGAGGCCUCUGUCAUUGGUACCUCAGUUUUGCAAGUUGACGCCAAAGAUUUAGACACUGGCAACAACCAAGAAGUGUUCUUUCAGUUGGUUGAGGAAAAGGGGAAAAGCUCAGAUUAUUUUUCAAUCGAUCGUGACUCAGGAAUAAUCACGAUAGCUCAAAUACUUGAUUGUGAGGAAACACCGCAGCACAAGUUGCGAGUCCGUGUGGUGGACGGAGGUGUUCCAGCCCUCUCCAGUGAUGUCGUCGUGACGAUAGACGUCAUGGACCUAAAUGACAAUGCUCCAACAUUCACAGAACCCACUUACAAAACUACCAUCAGCGAAUUGGCCCCGCGUGGACACUUCAUCACCCAAGUCCAAGCAUCAGAUGCCGACAGCUCAGACUCAAAUAAUUUGGAAUUCUCAAUCAUAUCUGGGAAUGAAGAUCAGAACUUUGCUAUAGACAAGCGCACAGGCGCCAUCGUCAUUUCCAACCACCGGAGGCCACAUAUGCAGCCGCUUUACAACCUCAACGUAUCGGUGUCUGACGGUGUGUUCAGAAGCUCGUGCCUCGUCAUGGUCACAGUUAUCGGCGCCAACUUCCACAACCCCACCUUCUCGCAGGUUGACUAUGUAGUAGAACUUGUUGAAAACUCACCUGCUGGCACCUUGGUAGCAGAGGCAAAGGCAACAGAUGAUGAUGAAGGCAUUUACGGGCAAAUAACGUACCAGAUUGUCAACGACUUUGCCAAAGACAAGUUUUCCAUCAAUGACAAUGGAGAGAUUUUCACUCUAGAGAGCCUAGACCGUGAGAACGCCAUUGAGAAAGUUAUUCCUAUUUCUCUGGUAGCUAAAGACGGUGGUGGAAAAGUUGGCUUUUGUAUUGUCAAUGUCAUUCUCACAGAUGUCAACGACAAUGCCCCACAGUUCAGAGCAGCUGAAUACAAAGCCACCAUUGCAUCAGAUGUUCCAAGGGGAACCUCAGUGGUUAAAAUUGCUGCCUCAGACAUGGAUGAGGGAAGCAAUGCUGACAUUCAGUAUUCGAUCGAAGCAGAUGUUGAGAAUGUGGAGGAGAAUUUUGAAAUCCACCUGACCUCUGGGGUCAUUGUAACCAAAGAGAGUCUCAUCGGGCUUGAAAAUGAACUCUAUGCAUUCUUUGUGAGGGCAAAGGAUACAGGGAAUCCAUCCAAACAUUCACUUGUGCAGGUUUACAUCAAGAUUGUUGCACCAGAGACCCCAAUUCCCAAAUUUGCUGAACCACAUUACCGUUACACGAUUUCCGAAGACCUUCCCAUAGGCACAGAGAUCGAUGUGAUUCAGGCAGAGAGUGAGCAACAGGUCGUCUACAGCCUUGUGAAGGGAAACACUCCCGAGAGCAACGAAGAUGAGGUGUUUGUUGUAGACAGAGACAGUGGGGCCUUGAAACUUCAGAAAAGCCUCGACCAUGAGACGACCAAAUGGUACCAACUUAUUUUGCUUGCCACGACCAAACAUGAGAAUUACGAGAUAGUUGCAUCUGUAAUCAUCAACAUCCAAGUUAAAGACCUCAAUGAUAACAAGCCCACCUUUGAGUCAGAUCCUUACGAGGCUGUCGUUGUGGAAAACCUUCCAAGUGGGACUCAAGUGAUCCAAGUCAAAGCCACCGACCUAGACUCUGGAACCAACGGCCAUGUCGCCUACAGCCUCAAUCCCAAGCAGAACUCACAGGAGAUCUCUGAGUUGUUUGCUGUUAAUAGUGAAACCGGAUGGGUGACCACGUUAAAAGAGCUCGACCGUGAAAAGAUGAACAAAUACACAGUUGCCGUCCUGGCCACAGACCAAGGGGAUAAGCUCCAACAUACCACCGGCACCACAGUGGAGGUAACCGUCGCUGAUGUGAAUGACAACCCGCCUCGCUUCACCGCAGAGAUCUACAAAGGUACCGUGAGUGAAGACGACCCUCCUAGCGGGGUGAUCGCUAUCCUCAGCACCACGGAUGAUGAUUCUGAGGACAUCAAUAAACAAGUGACCUACUUCAUCACAGGAGGGGACCCACUUGGCCAAUUUGCAAUCGAGCACAUUCAGAAUGAAUGGAAGGUUUCUGUCAGGAAGCCCUUGGACCGUGAAGAGAAGGACAAUUAUCUCCUUAACAUUACUGCCAGUGAUGGCAUCUUCACUGCCAAAGCCACCGUGGAGGUCAAGGUGUUGGAUGCCAACGACAACAGCCCUGUAUGCGAAAAGUCUCUAUACAGUGAGAGCGUACCAGAGGACUCCCCCGCCGGAAGGCUCAUCUUGCAGGUUUCUGCCACAGAUGCGGACAUUCGGUCAAACGCCCAAAUCUCCUUCGAGCUCCAGGGAAUUGGAUCAGAACUGUUCGUCGUUGACUCUGAAACAGGAGAGUUGAAGACCUCGCAGCCCCUGGACCGAGAGGAGCAAGACGAGCACAGGUUCAAAGUGCGGGCAGUAGACGGAGGCGGGCGGUACUGCGAGGCCGACAUCCACAUCACUGUAGAGGACGUCAACGACAACCCGCCGCAGUUCUCAUCCGACCCCUACAGCAUUACAGUCUUCGAGAACACAGAGACGGGCACAUAUGUGGCAAAACUGCAGGCAAAUGAUGUUGACUCUGGUUUUAACAGCGACAUCCUUUACUCAUUGGUUGAUUCCAGCGAUGGAUAUUUCUCUAUUGACGAGAGCACCGGCGUAAUGAGCCUGGAGCGCCCCCUGGACCGCGAGGUGCAGUCGGUGUACGAGCUGAAAGCCCGCGCCACAGAUCAGGGUUCGCCACAUCUCUCAGCAGUGUGCCAAGUGGUGAUCUCUGUCCUGGACAUCAACGACAAUCCGCCGGUGUUUGAGCACCGGGAAUACACAGCCACGGUGUCGGAGGAUGUGGCCGUGGGCACGCAGGUGCUCAGAGUGCAGGCCGCCAGCCGGGACACGGAGGCCACUGGAGAGAUCACGUACAGCAUCAUCAGUGGAAAUGAGCAUGGCAUGUUCAGCGUGGAGCCACAUACUGGUGACAUCUUUGUAAUAGAGCCGCUGGACUUCGAGGUUUCCCACGAAUACUACAUCACCAUAGAGGCUACAGAUGGUGGCUCCCCGCCGCUCAGCGACAUGGCCACCGUCAACAUCAACCUGACGGAUGUCAACGACAACAGACCCGUCUUCAGCCAGGCGAUCUACACAGCCGUCGUCAGCGAGGACACAGAGCUGGGAAAGACUGUGAUGGCGGUGGUGGCGGAGGAUCUGGACGGCCCCUCUUAUGAUCACGUGCGGUUCUCUAUCGUGGAGGGGAACCAAGGCAGCCCCUUCACCAUCGACCCGGUCAGAGGAGAGCUUAAAGUCGCUCGCCAGCUGGACAGAGAGCGAACUUCAGGAUACAAGCUGACGGUGGUGGCUUCAGACAACGGGGUGCCCCCUCUUACCAGCAGCGCUUUGAUUAACAUCGACAUCUCGGACGUCAACGACAACCCGCCCCUUUUCUCCCAGGCCAACUACAGCCUCAUCAUCCAGGAGAAUCGACCAAAAGGCACAAGUGUUCUUCAGCUCACUGUAACCGACCGGGACGCUUCCCACAACGGCCCACCUUUCACCUUUGCCAUCGUGGACGGGGAUGAGGGCGACGUGUUCCACAUCAAUCAGCAGGGAGCUCUAGUAGCUGUGGGCGCGCUGGAUAGGAAAAGUAAAGAGCACUACCUACUUCAAGCACAGGUGUCAGACAGCGGCAAACCUCCGCUCUUCUCCACCGCCUUCAUCAGUGUACGCAUCAUCGAGGAGAGCGUUUACCCUCCUGCCAUCCUCCCUUUGGACAUUUUCAUCUCCACUGCUGGCGAUGAGUACGCUGGAGGCGUCCUGGGAAAGAUCCACGCCACGGACCAAGACAUCUACGACACCCUCACCUACAGCCUCGCCCCUUCAUCUUCCUCCACUGACGAGAGCGGCUCCUUGUUUUCAGUUUCCGCCUCUGAUGGUAAAGUGAUCGCCCUGAGGUCGCUCGACGUGGGUCACUACUCCCUCAAUGUGACAGUGACUGACGGACGCUUCACCGCGGCCGCUGAUGUCACCGUGCAUGUUCGGCAAGUGGCCAGUCAGGCCCUCGACAACUCCAUCGCUGUACGCUUUGCAAAUAUUGCUCCGGAGGAGUUUAUCGGGGACUACUGGCGCAACUUCCAGCGAGCGCUAAGGAACAUUGCCGGGGUGAGGAGGAGCGAGGUGCAGUUAGUGAGCCUGCAGCCUUCAGAGCAGGGAGAUCUGGAUGUGCUGCUGACUCUGGAGAGAUCAGGAAGCCCCUAUCAGUCUCAGGAGGUGGUUUUCCGUAAGCUGAACUCCUCUGCUGCCGUCAUCGAGGAGAUGACGGGUGUCCGCAUCCUACGGGUGGUGCAGAAGCUGUGCGCGGGGCUGGACUGUCCGCUACGCUUCUGCGAUGAGGUCGUCUCCCUGGAUAAGACCACCAUGUCCACUUACAGCACGGCCCGCCUCAGCUUCGUUACACCGCGCCACCAGAGGACGGCGACCUGCCAGUGUGACGGUGGCAGAUGUCCUGUGCUGAACAACCUGUGUGAGAACAACCCCUGUCCUGAGGGGAUGGAGUGUGUAGCCGAUCCCAGAGCGACCGUGUACAGUUGUGUGUGUCCAGAGGGCAAAAAGGGCAAAUGCUCCGAUGGCCACUCGCUGACGUUCAGCGGCGGCGGCUACGUGAAAUAUCACCUGAUGGAGAAUGAGAACAAGGAGCUGAUGAAACUGUCUGUGAGGCUGCGGACCUUCUCCAGCCACGCGACUGUCAUGUACGCUAAAGGGACGGACUACAGCAUCCUCGAGAUUGUGAACGGACGCCUGCAGUACAAGUUCGACUGCGGCAGCGGCCCCGGCCUCGUGUCGGUCCACAGCGCUCAGGUUAAUGACGGCGAGUGGCACACCAUCUCGCUAGAGGUGGACGGUAACUACGCCAAGCUGGUGUUGGACCGUGUGCACGCUGCCUCGGGCACGGCACCGGGCACCCUGCGCACCCUCAACCUUGACAACAGUAUUUACUUUGGCGGUCACGUACGCCAGCUCACCUCCUCUCGCCACGGACGCAGCCUGCCCGUCACCAACGGGUUCCGCGGCUGCAUGGAGGCCCUCAGCCUGAACGGCCUGGAGCUGCCUCUCAACACCAAAGCUCACCGGGCCCACGCCGUGCUGGAGGACAUCGUGGACGUGGCUCCAGGCUGUGCCCUCGCACCUGCUGAGAGUUGUUCCAGCAACCCUUGCACCAACGGCGGGAGCUGCACCUCGCUGCCUAAUGGAGGCUACUUCUGUAAGUGUCCGGCCUCCUUCAUGGGCACCCACUGUGAGAUCGGCAUAAGCCCUUGCGCCUCCAACCCCUGCCUGUACGGAGGCACCUGUGUCCCUCGGGCAGAGGACUUCUACUGCCAGUGCAGAGGGCAGUACUCCGGACAGAGGUGCCAGUUGGGUCCGUACUGCAGAGACAACCCCUGUAAGAACAGUGGGAAGUGCAUCGACAGUCUGGAUGGACCGGUGUGUGAGUGUGAGGCAGGAUUCCAGGGAGACAGGUGCCUGAGUGAUGUUGACGAGUGCAUCAAGAACCCCUGCGUCAACGGGGGCCAGUGCCAGAACACAUACGGCUCCUACAAGUGUAACUGCUCGCUGGGUUUCAGCGGGCAGAUGUGUGAACUCCGCACCGAGGUCCGCAAUGAAUUCAUCUCCACCUCCUGGAACAUCGGCCUGGAGGAGGUGAUCGGCAUCGUGGUGUUCGUCUCCAGCAUCUUCAUCCUGGUCCUCCUCUUCAUCAUCAUCCGCAAGAAGGCCUGCCGCAGGAAGUCCAAGGCCAACAACGGCGACAAGCACACCGGAGGCUCAAGCAUGUCUCACUCCUUCCUGCAGCGGCCGUACUUUGACGCCAAACACAAGAACUUCUACUCCGACAUCCCGCCUCAGGUCCCCGUGCGGCCCAUCUCCUACACUCCCAGCAUUCCGAGCGACUCACGAAACAACCUGGACAGGAACUCGUUCGAGGGCUCGGCCAUCCCGGAGCACCCCGAGUUCAGCACCUUCAACCCAGACUCCGUGCACGGCCACCGCAAGACCGUGGCCGUCUGCAGCGUGGCGCCCAAUCUCCCUCCACCCCCGCCCUCCAACUCGGUCUCAGACAGCGACUCCAUCCAGAAGCCAAACUGGGACUAUGACUAUGACACUAAAGUGGUGGACCUGGAUCCGUGCCUGACCAAGAAGCCUGUGGAGGACAGCGCCUGUCACCCCUACAACACCAGGGGGAGCAUGUCUGAGGUCCAGUCCCUCAGCUCCUUCCAGUCAGAGUCCUGCGACGACAACGAGUCUUUUUUGGCUCAUGAUCUCAAGAACCCAAGAGGAUAUCACUGGGACACAUCUGAUUGGAUGCCAAGUGUUCAACUUCCUGGAAUCCAGGAGUUUCCACAGUAUGAGGUUGUGGAGUCGCCCGCCCCUCUGUACAGUGACCCGAGUGCCAUCGACACCGACUACUACCCCGGCGGCUUCGACAUUGAGAGCGAUUUCCCUCCGCCGCCAGAGGAUUUCCCUGCCAAUGACGACCUGCCGCCGCCACCUCUGCCAGAGUUCGCCGACCGCUGCGACACACUGCGGCCCCAGGGCAGAGACCUGGACCCGUCUGCGACCGACACAGGAGGCUCAGGCGGGGUCCGCCAGCGCCCGGCCCUGCCUCAUCUCUACAGCCUUAACCAGUACCUACCGCAGCACUCCUACCCAAGCGACGGGGGUGACACUGAGGGCCAAGGGGCCACCUCCACCUCCGCCAACACCACCCCUGCUUCUACCUUGGGCACCAGUGGCUACAGAGGGGGCUACGGUUGUAGUCUGGACUUUGACUCCUCAGCUCUGGACAACAUGUCCAUGUCUCUGUACACGUCCACAGCCUCUUGCUCGGACAUGUCGGCGUGCUGCGAGGAGUCCGAGGUGAUGAUAAGCGACUACGAGAGUGGCGACGAGGGCCACUUUGAGCGGCUGUCCAUCCCGGCGCUGGACUCCCAGCAGCACACUGAAGUCUGACACUGGAUCCAAACAAAAGUGCCUGAACCCACAGCUACACCUUACGUUAGCCCGUCACACAACACCCACACCAAACGCGCACAGUAUGUGAACACGACACCACACACACACACAUACAUGUCCGCACACAUUGAAUUGAGUCAAACACGGGGGUUGUUGAGACUGGCUGAGAGACAGUCGGCUGAGAAAACCUGAAGAAGAAGCUCUUUGCGUGUUCUCAGCCCGAACCCCCGCCCCCUUUGAGUCUGGCGGUGCUGUUACUUGUGACUGUCAUCUCACACAGGAAGUAGAUUGUCUGAAGGAUCAACGAUUCAACGCACGACAGGAAAAACAUCAUGGAAAGAAAAAAAAUAAAUAAUAAUCUCACCACAACAUCUGUGUUUCUAUAAAUAAAACCAAGCAAACUGUUUUUAUACAAGUCCUCAUUUUCAAUGUAAAUUUAAAUGUACAGUUUUGAUUUCAAAGUUUACUAGGUUUUGUAGAUAUUCUAUGCUUUUAUUUUCAAAAAAGACGAAGAGUUAAAUGGUGUGACAUUAUCAGCCUUACUGUGCUUACAUUCACUAGAGAAAAAAAAAAAAAGAAACGUUAAAAAAAGAGAGAGAAGAGCGUGGCUUUCCCGCACACAGUGUACUCGUAAAGUUUAUCGUCUCCUGCUCAUUUCAAAAAGGGUCCUCAGUGAACGACUGCAUAUUCUUGUGUUGUUGGUUUUUCUUUUUUAAAUGUUUGUUUGUAAAUUUUGACUUUGGAACCUCUUUAUUUUUCCACCAAGAAAAUGGGACCCAAUAUAUUUAUAGUGCAGAGUUAUCCAUGGACACGUGACUUUUUCAGGUGUCCAUGUGUGUGUGAGCAGUGCUAUGGUCUUGUUAAGGUUUUUAUUGAAUACUGCCACAAGCUCACGCUUUCCUACUGGCAAUAAAUUAUUCCUAAAAAAUAUUUCUGCUGUCUUCUUAUUUCCAGAGCGUGCUCAUGAAUAGAAACACGGUGAUGUAUUAAUUGUAAUAUUCUGGUGUUACUUGUGCAGAAAAUAAUUAAAUCUUAACAAUGAAAGUCACAAAUCUUAUUACAAACUUUUUGUCAAUCAACUUUGAUCUGGGUCCGACUUGUAUAAUUGUAAGGAAACAUUUUGACAAUAUGUUUGUUUUUGUUAAUUGUGAUGGGUAUGAACAUCAAAACUAUACAGCAAUUAAUAAAAGAUUUUUAUGUUUAA